CUGUGUACAUCCUCGCUUAAACAUUUUACUGGAUUGGGGAAAAAUUGGAGUAUUUUAUCGAGUUAACUCGUGUUUUGUGGAUUUUUCCGUUGUUUUAAGAUUUGUGUACUAUGAAGGAAUUUAAGUGAAUGUGUAUUUGUAACGGAUAGCAGUAUUUUAAGCCCCAAAAUGUUAAAAUGCAUCCCACUAUUUCGAGCCUGCAAUCGGCAGGUUGAAUAUAUAGACAGACGACAUUGGGCUUUAACAACCAUUCCCGACGAUGUUAUGCGUUAUUCCAGAAGUUUAGAGGAACUUUUAUUAGAUUCCAAUCAAAUCCGCGAUUUACCCAGGGGAUUUUUUCGCCUGGUAAAUUUGAAGAAAAUUGGAUUAAGCGACAAUGAAAUCGGUCGUCUGCCACCCGAUGUGGGUAGUUUCAUCAAUCUUAUGGAACUGGAUGUUAGCAAAAAUGAAAUUGGUGAAAUUCCGGAGAAUAUCAAGUUUUGUAAGAAUUUACAAGUUUUAGAUUUUAGCAGCAAUCCGUUAACUCGACUUCCAGAGGGUCUAACACAACUACGCAACUUGACUCAUUUAGGACUCAAUGAUGUUUCUUUAACCAGACUGCCCUAUGAUAUCUCAAGUUUAACCAGUCUGAUAUCACUAGAGUUAAGAGAAAAUGAGUUAAAGUCUCUACCCCAAUCCAUUUCGAGUUUACUCAAACUACGUAUUUUAGAUUUGGGCAGUAAUCAGAUAGAGGAACUGCCUUCGUCAAUCGGAAAUUUGCCAAAUUUAGAAGAAUUAUGGUUGGAUUCGAAUCAUUUAACAGAAUUACCGACUGAGAUUGGUAAUUUAAAGAGGUUAACUCAGUUAGAUGUGAGUGAGAAUUUGUUAGAUAAAUUACCAGAAGAAACUGCAGGUCUAACCAACCUAACAGACCUGUCUCUGUCUCAGAAUAAUCUAGAAUGUUUACCAGAUGGAAUUGGUUUUUUGAGAAAGUUAUUGAUUUUAAAAGUAGACCAGAAUCAGCUGACUGUUUUAACGCCUCAUGUUGGAAGUUGUGAGAAUUUACAGGAACUUAUUUUAACAGAGAAUUUCUUAACAGAUCUUCCUACUACUGUCGGCAAAUUAAAAAGUUUAACGAAUUUAAAUAUGGAUAGAAACAGAAUAACAGAAAUUCCACCCGAGAUUGGUAAAUGUAAUAAACUAGGUGUAUUAUCUAUGAGAGAUAAUAAACUACUAAGAUUACCACAAGAACUAGGCAACCUUCACAAGUUACAUGUUUUAGAUGUGUCUGGUAAUAGAUUAGAGUACCUACCUAUAACUAUAGCCAAUCUAAACCUAUCAGCAUUAUGGUUAUCAGAGAAUCAAGCUCAGUCUAUGUUAAAAUAUCAGACAGAUUUUGAUGAACGAACUGGACAGAAAGUUCUCACUUGUUUCUUGUUGCCUCAACAAGGUUUUCAUACAGAAAGCAUGGGUAA